ACGGUAAGGAAAUUGUGACUCAGGCACACCUCAUGCUUUUCUGGUUUGGAAGGUGUAGUCAAUAGUUACCACAGCCACAAAAUCAUAAACCCCGCCUAUUUCUACAAUGUAUCUUAAAAUGUCAUUUAAAACCGAAUGUUAACGACACUUCUAGUAUUUUGCCUAACCCUAUCUUUAAAUUAAAACUAAAAAGCACAUUUGUGUUUACAUGAAUUACAAUAUAUUUGGACUGUGUGGCUGUGGUAAUUAGUGGAAGAGCAUCAACCGGGUCCGUGCCACCAACAUACGAAGGACAGCAUCGACCUCGACCAGACAUUCGCCACGCAGGCUGUAGUGGGACAGAAACCUCGAGCCAAAGAUCGCGUAUCCGUCGUCAGAUUAACCUUUUCAGUUCUAAUUGCCUCAUCGUCUCGCACAUUGCAGGUAAAUUGCAAUAACUUUGAGCCUUUGGAAACCUGGCUCAACAAGGACACAACUUCACCAUGUCAGAAACCAUUCAGAGAAAGACUGGCUUGGCCAACUCUGCUGAAGCCAAGAAAACAGAGCUCCGAAUUAAUGAGAAGAAAUGCUCAUGGGCAUCCUACAUGACAAACUCUCCCACAGUGAUUGUAAUGAUCGGCCUACCUGCCAGGGGAAAGACCUACAUGUCUAAGAAACUGACACGGUACCUCAACUGGAUAGGGGUGCCAACCAAAGUGUUUAACUUGGGUGUCUACCGCCGAGAGGCCGUCAAAGCUUACAAGUCCUACGACUUCUUCAGGCACGACAACAAGGAAGCCAUGGAAAUAAGGAAACAGUGUGCCCUGGUAGCCCUGGAGGAUGUGAAGGGAUAUCUAACUGAAGAAGGUGGACAAAUCGCUGUAUUUGAUGCAACAAACACAACAAGGGAGAGGAGAGACCUCAUUCUUGAUUUUGGGAAAAAGCAUGCAUUCAAGGUGUUCUUUGUGGAGUCAGUGUGUGACGACCCAGAAGUCAUUGCUGCUAAUAUUCUGGAAGUGAAGGUAUCCAGUCCAGACUACCCAGAGAGGCACAGAGAGAGAGUGAUGGAUGACUUUCUCAAACGCAUAGAGUGCUAUAAGGUUACAUACCAACCUUUGGAUCCCGAUGAUUAUGACAAGGACCUAUCCUUCAUCAAGGUGGAGAAUGUGGGCCGGCGCUUCCUGGUGAACCGGGUGCAGGACUACAUCCAGAGUAAGAUAGUGUACUACCUCAUGAACAUCCAAGUACACUCUCACUCCCUCUACCUGUGCCGGCAUGGAGAGAGCAAUCACAACAUGGAGGGCCGUAUCGGAGGUGACUCGGAGCUCUCCCCAGGAGGAAAACAGUUUGCUUAUGCCUUGCACAGCUUCAUUGAGGAGCACAAACUGUCUGACUUGAAGGUAUGGACUAGCCAGCUGAGACGCACCAUCCAGACUGCUGAGGAGCUGAUUGUGCCCUACGAACAGUGGAAGGUCCUCAAUGAGAUUGAUGCUGGUGUGUGUGAGGAGAUGACCUAUGAUAUGAUCCAGAAAUCCUUCCCAGAGGAGUUUGCCCUGAGGGACCAGGACAAGUACCACUACCGCUACCCAGGGGGAGAGUCCUACCAGGACCUGGUGCAGCGGUUAGAGCCUGUCAUCAUGGAGCUAGAGAGACAGGGCAACGUGCUGGUUAUCUGUCACCAGGCUGUCAUGCGCUGCCUGCUGGCCUACUUCUUGGAUAAGAGUGCAGAUGACCUGCCCUACCUGAAAUGUCCACUGCACACAGUGCUCAAACUCACUCCUGUUGCGUAUGGCUGUAAAGUGGAAAUGUUUUAUCUUAAUGUGAAGGCAGUGAACACACAUCGCGACCGACCACUUGAUAAUGUCCCGAGGGACCCAGCUCCCAUGCUGCUCCGACGGAAUAGUUAUACCCCCCUGUCCAGUCUCGACCAGUUCAAGCGGCCCAGGCUCUACAGUGCCGGCAACCGGCCCUGGCUCCCUGAGAUGCCGGAGGGGAUGCUGCAGCAAAGCCAAGUUAGUGUCAAAAAUUGGCACCCACCUAAUGAAUCACUCUUAAUUCAACUCGGUCACCUCCCUCUUCCCACCUGCCACCCUCACCCCAAGCCAAUCCCUCUUUAUCCUUAGCAUCCCCUCACCCUUAAAUCCCUUUGAUAAUCCAGACAUGUUGUGGUCUUGUUGGUGGCUUCUCUUUAUAUUAUGUCUGUUUCUCCUCCAACAUCAGCUGUUUGUCUUGCAUGGUCUCCCCUUGUCUUCAUAGGCUGUAUGUCUCCAGCUUGAAUAUGCAUAGCACUAUUCCUAUCCCAAGCAAGCUGCACCUCUUAUACUCAUUUAGGUCUUCUGAAUAUCAUUCCAGAAGAUACACAGUUAAAACGUCUUCCAGUAAGCAGGUGUUAAAUCCAGCUGGUGAUCCUAGGAGAAGCAUGCUCUGUACAACAAUUAGCUUCAGAGCUCAAUACCACACAAGGGCAGUAAAUAUAGACAUGUUGAUGUUUUGAGAUGCAUAUUCAACGUUUCUUGUUGUGGUGCAAGUGUGUUGGUUCAAUUUGGUUUGUUGUGAGUUCAGUACUAUAGCUAGUCCCCCCAUUUGUGUCUCUUCCUUUUGUCCCUUCCUGUCUGUCUGUCAUUACAGCCUCGUAUAGGAAGCUGUUUUCUGUGAGUAUUUUAGAUAUAUUCCUGCAGAAGGUUUCUGUUUAAGCAAUAGGGCCCAAGGGGGUGUGGUAUAUGGCCAAUAUACCACAGUUACGGGCUGUUCUUAAGUACGACGCAACGUAGAGUGCCUGGAUAUAUCACUUAGCCAUAUAUCACAAACCCCAGAGGUGCCUUAUUGCUAUUAUAAACUGGGUAGCAACAUAAUUAUAACAGUAGACAAGUCAUUUUGCUUCUACGCAUGGUAUAUUGUCUGAUAUACCACAGCUUUUAGCCAAUCAGCAUUCAGGGUGCUAAUUACCCAGUUUAUAAUUUCAUUUAUUCACAUGAGACUAAUCUCAAACAAUGGAUUAUGUAUCACCUUUAAAUAAUAUUGGCAUAUAGUAUGAUGGGAUGCUGUAUCAAAAUGUUCAGUUACUGAUAGUACUAAUAAUUUUGUUCCCUCUUUGUAGUAUAAUGAUGAUGGUGUAUCAUGAGAGAUUUUCCCUAGCAGAGAUCUCUGUGCGUUGGUUUUUCUGAAGCAAAUCUCUAGUAGUAAUGGAAGACCUGUCUUUUCUUUUUAAGUCAAUGAUUAAUCAGACUGCUCUGAAACGCCUUAAGAUAGUGAUAGAAAAGAGACCAGGAAUAUUAUAUGAGUCAUGUCUGUUCUGUUUGAAGGACUCCCUGUGUGAAGGAGUCGACUAUGACAGCCCAGAAACUAGUGGCUGUUUCCGCUUCUGAGUGACUACGAAGUCACCUUCAUGUUCAGCUGGUGCCUCAGUUUCUCCCUGUGACCUGAAGCUCAUCAUCAUCCCCUCCUCCAUUGCUCUGCAUGCCAAACCUCUGGAACAACUGGUGGAAUACUGUAACCAAAAAAAAGCAGUUGUAGAAACAUCUCACGGAUGAUCAUUGGAAACAGGAUGCACCUGAGCUCAAUUUCGAUUCUCAUAGCAAAGGGUCUGAAUACUUAUGUAAAUAAGGUGUUUCAACCUGUUUUCGCUUUGUCAUUAUGGGGUAUUGUGUGUAGAUUGCUGAGGAUUAUUUAUUUAUUUAAUUCAUUUUAGAAUAAGGCUGUAACGUAACAAAAUGUGGGAAAAAAUCUAGUGGGCUGAAUAAUUUCCCAAGGCACUGUGGGGGCGGCAGGGUAGCCUAGUGGUUAGAGCGUUGGACUAGUAACCGGAAGGUUGUGAGUUCAAACCCCCGAGCUGACAAGGUACGAAUCUGUCGUUCUGCCCCUGAACAGGCAGUUAACCCACUGUGCCCAGGCCGUCAUUGAAAAUAAGAAUGUGUUCUUAACUGACUUUCCAGGUUAAAUAAAGGUAAAAUUAAAUAAAAGUUCUUUUAAAAUAUAUAUAUUAUAUAUAAUUUUAGAUUAGAAGUUAGUCCAGUGCUCUUUAAAAAUUAAAUGAUUGUAUACUGAAAUGGUCACAUUUCUUAAUGUUGCAAGUUAUUUCCUGUGCCUUUUGGGGCAUGCUGCAUAAUAAAUAUGUGUAUAAUCAUACAGAUGAAGGUUCCAAAUAAAUGUCAAGAGGUGUGACUAUAUAUUUGAUAGUUUUCCAAGGAUAGCCUGCUCUGCUCAAGAAUGUACUGUAUUCAAUACACGGCUGUGUGAAUUUUAACAUGCCAAAUGUUGCCUGUUGAUAUGGACUUCAUUGCAUCAAUCAGCUAGUUUAGCAUUGUUGAAUUGUAUUUAAGAUGUUUCUCCAGUAAUUGUAUUAAAGAAUCAAUGAAGAUAGAAAACAGA